UGCUUCUCGAAGCGCUCUGUCCGACGGGAAGGCCCCUCUGAAGAGACGCUGAGGUCAGCGAGCGCUGCUCAGGGGUGAUCGAGACACAGUGCACCGCCAGCAGGAUCAGCCAGGGGCCGAGAGGAGAUUGCGGCGGGAGCAGCGCCGAGCGUCGUCCGUGCUUCGGGCCGGAGAAAGGGCCGAGCGCGGCGGGCGUAUCUGGCUGGGGCUAGCGGCGAGUCAGCCGCUCAGGUCGUCUGUGGCCGCGCAGUCUUCUUUCCAACCACCACAGCCUCAACAUCCCAAGCACGAUGAGCAAGGCCGACUAUGCCGCGCGGCUCUGCACCACGCGCACCGACUACGAGGCGGCGCUGGAGCUGCGCAUGCAGGUCUUCCACCACGAGCAGGGCUACGAGGCCGAGAUUGAGAUCGACGAGAAGGAUCCCAUCUCUGCGCACUUCAUCCUCUGCCACAAGGACGACCCCGCAACGGCAGUCGGCGUCAUUCGGCUGGUGCCAUAUCCGUACCCGGACGUCGCAGAGGCAGCAGAGUGCUUCCCAGACGGCGCCAUCUCGACGGCGACGGAGCUGGCAGCUGCCUUCCGCCUGGCAGCACGCACGCACCCAGAGAAGGGAGGCGCGAAGAUUGGGCGUGUAGCCGUGCGCAAGGAGGCGCGAGGGAAGCAACUCGGCUCGCUGCUGCUGGCGGAGGCAGAACGCUGGAUCCAAGAGGCCCUCGUGGCAGAUGUCGUGCCGCUCAAGGCUGCUACGCUCUGCCUCAGUAGCCAGGUCAUUGCUAAGGGCUUCUACGACAGUGCCGGCUACUCGCCAGUGGGCGAAGAGUAUCUCGAGGAGGGCCAGCCGCAUCUGUGGUAUCAAAAACGCAUCGAGCUCUAGAAUGUCAUUGCAUGCAAGCCUCUCCAAGCUCAGAAGCUGUGUUGGGCGGCACAGAUGCGUCAGUCGAGGGGCGGAGCGCACUCUGCACGCGGCGCAACUCACGAGUGCUCCGUCGAGUCGCCGCCCAUGGCCGAGGUCGCCGAGCUGCCAGACGAGACGAUCUGGAG